CACAUCCCAGUUAAUUUGAAGACGUAGUAUUGGAAUGUGGAACAGUAGAAUGAAUUUACUACUACUGUGACAACUGCACCUACACCCGCCACGUGCAACGCGAGGCCAUUGAUUAUUUGUUCUGGUUCUUCUUCACUGUCUGAAACAGAAACAAGGUGGUGGUGAUCACAUCGCGUCUACAGCAACAGUUUAAGCCAUUUCGAGUUGAAUAGCAACGAUGGCCGAGAUUGUUACUUCAGCUCCUGGAAAAGUGUUAAUGACCGGCGGUUACCUCAUUUUGGAGCGACCCAACUCAGGACUUGUCCUCAGUACAAACGCUCGCUUUUACGCCAUCAUCAAACCCCUUCACCACGAAAUCAAAUCCGAUUCCUGGGCAUGGGCAUGGACGGAUGUCAGGUUAACCUCUCCUCAGCUUUCCAGAGAAGCUCUUUACAAACUUGGGCUUAAAAAUCUUGACAUCCAAACCGUUUCCUCAAGUGAUACGAGAAAUCCUUUUGUGGAAUACGCGGUGCAGUAUUCGGUGGCUGCUGCUUAUGCUACUUUUGACCAGAGUAAAAAGGAUGUGUUGCACAAACUGCUUUUACAAGGUCUUGACAUAACAAUUUUGGGUUCCAAUGAUUUUUAUUCGUACAGGAAUGAGAUUGAGAGACGUGGACUCCCUUUGACGCCAGAAUCGUUGGCCUCACUUCCACCUUUUUCCUCCAUUACUUUCAAUGCUGAUAGUGCUGAUGGGGGAAAUUGUAAGCCUGAAGUGGCUAAAACUGGUUUGGGCUCAUCUGCAGCGAUGACUACGGCUGUAGUUGCUGCCUUACUUCAUUAUCUGGAUGUUGUGAAGAUUUCCUCUUCGAAGGAUCACCGGGAAAGGAAAGAUGUCACAGAUCUUGAUAUGGUGCAUAAAAUUGCUCAAACUGCACAUUGUAUUGCACAGGGGAAAGUAGGCAGUGGGUUUGAUGUCAGUUCAGCUGUGUAUGGCAGUCAGCGGUAUGUGCGGUUUUCACCAGAAGUGAUUUCUUCCACCCAGAUUGCAGAUAAAGCUCUGCCUUUACCAGAUGUUCUCAAUGAAAUUAUUAGAGGAAAAUGGGAUCAUGACACGAUUGAGUUCUCUUUACCACCUUUGAUGACUCUUUUACUAGGAGAACCUGGAACUGGUGGAUCAUCUACGCCAUCGAUGGUUGGGGCUGUCAAAAAAUGGCAAAAGUCUGACCCUCAUAAAUCCCUGGACACAUGGAGAAAAUUGUCAGAGGCAAAUUCAGCAUUGGAAAUACAAUUAAACCUUUUAAGCAAAUUAGCGAAGGAGCAAUGGAAUGCAUAUAAGUCUGUGAUUGAAAACUGCAGCAUCCUCAGAUCAGACAAGUGGAUAGAACUAUCUUCUGAACCUAACAAAGAAGCAGUAAUUAAAGCGCUGCUUAGUGCAAAAGAUGCCAUGCUGAUGAUUAGAUAUCAUAUGCGCCUGAUGGGUGAGUCUGCAGGCGUUCCGAUUGAACCAGAAUCACAAACGCAACUUCUAGAUGGUACAUUGAACUUGGAAGGAGUACUGUUGGCUGGAGUGCCAGGGGCAGGAGGAUUUGAUGCAGUCUUUGCUGUUUGUUUGGGCAAUUCUAGCAGCAAUGUGACAAAAAUAUGGAGUUCACAUAAUGUUCUUGCCUUGUUGGUUAAAGAAGAUCCUUGUGGCGUUUGUUUAGAAAAUGCGGACCCCCGAACAUAUGAAAUCACAUCAGCUGUGUCUUCAAUUAAUAUCGAAUAAGUUCAUUUC